UUUUGUUGCCGACGAGUGCGGGGGUGUUUUGUGUUGCUUUUGAAAGUUUAAACAAUAAGCAAAACGGUAAAGUUAACGCGCGAGGCGCGAGUCAAAUAUUAAGCAAUUGAACGGCCUCAGCGUGAAAUGUGCGUGCAGACUGUUUAUUUGUGAUAUUAAAAGCGCUGCGUCGUCGCUUAACCAAACCACAAAGCCGAAACAGAAACAGAAUAAAAACAAAAAACGAAGAAGUACCAUAACACUCAAAUUGUGCAAUUUACUGUAAAGUUGUGAAUUAAAAUUAAAGUCAGAGAGUUGUGUAAAGUAACCGCUGCCAAAAUGAUCGCAUGUAAAUGUAUGAACUUUAUUGGUUCUUUGCCGCAGCUGCAUAAUUUGGGACUGCAAGCGGCUGAGAGUGUCAAUAGCAAUAUUAAUAACAACAACAAUAGCAAUGGAAUUGCCGGCGAUGCUUCUCAAAUAGGACGACUUAUAUCAAUUGAAGCGAGCAUACAAAAAGCCUUUGAGCAAACGGCACCAAGGGAUUUUAUACACUAUGGAGCCUUUAUGGAUUUUUUCUCCAACGCAAUUGGACCUGUGCCAGAUCUAAGAGAGCAUAUUAGCCAAGUUGGUUUAAUCUAUGGGCUGCCCUUGGUGAGCAACAACUGGAUGAUCUACUUCUGUAUCAAUUGCAAGACGGUGAUUUGUGCCAAGCGCAUGAUUAGCGCUCCCGUAUACUUUGUGAAUUCCGAGCUGCUGUGCAUCGAGGAACAACUGAAGCAGCGUCGCAGUGACAAAUCGUAUUCGGAGAUAUUUGAUGUGGUCAUCAUAGAUCAUGGCGAUACGGGCUCUAGCGCAGGUGUGGCGCAUUCCGCCUCCAAUCUGAGCAUUGGCUCGCUGUCGACUCAUGCGCCGGGGGAUGGACGGCAGCAGCGUUUGCGUCAAAUGCAGACGGAUCUGCAGGCGCGCUUGCAAGCAGAAAUCAAAAAGACCAAUGAAUCCAUUGAACGUUAUACAGAGCAGCAAUUUGCGCUGCUGAAGAGUUUCAGCGAGAAGUGUGAGCAGGAGGGUGCGCAGCUGAUGUGCCUUAUACAGCACUUACCUGAGCAGGUCAAUGAGCUGUUGGAUGGCGGCAGGCCGCUUGUCCUGGAAGUCAUUGGCGCUGGCAAUGGCCUUAACGCAGGCGCUUGGCCUGGUGCGCGUCGUCGCAACACCAUCAGCAGUCGCCGCGACUUGGGUGUGCCAGCACCACCCACACCAACAACGCCCACUAUGGCGCUAGCGCAGCCACCCGCCUUCAUAACAGCAUCCCAGGAGCAGCAGUCGCAGCCAACGCUCAAUGCUUCCAUAUUUGCAACCAUACGCAAAAUGUCCAAUUUUGAUACACCACCCGCAACGCCAGAGUAUACGCCCAUGAGCGUGGGCAACAGUCCCACCUUCAGGCAGCAGCAGCAACAGCAACAGCAACAGCAACAGCAACAACAACAACAACAACAACAACAGCAGUUAACAACAAGCCAGGCCAAUAGCAAUGCCUUGCCGCAGUCAAUGACAGCUACGCUGGGCGCUGAGGACGCCGACGACUGCCUAUUUGAUUUGGAGGACAUUGAUGCGCCACGUCAGGCGCUGGAUGAGGAGCACUCGGUGCUGUUGUACAGACAGCAACAGCAACAACAUCAGCAGCAUAUCCAGCGUUCCCAGCAGCAGCAGAAAAGGCAGCAACAGCGUCAGCGCCAAUUGCAUCAGCAGCAGCAAGAAGAAGACAUGAGCGAUGCCGACGAGGCGGAAGAUGCCCUUGAUUUGGACAGCUCAAUGCCGAUACCCAUGCGCACCGGCGCUGGGCGUCCCACACCGGCGCAGCUUAUGAAUUUUGCCAAGAGUCUGCCCAUUGAGAUUGCCAACUCGCCGCUGGCUCAUGCUCAUUCACCGGCACAGCGUGCCAAUAACAACAACUUUGUGCUCGAUGGCGAGGAGGUACCUGACAACACGGUGGACAUAGCAGCCAGCAUUAAGGCUCUCGCCAAGAGUGUGCAUGGCGAGGCUGUCUUUGGCGAUUUGCCGCGUCCGCGCCUGCGCUCGCAGAUUUAGAAACUAGCCAAGCACAUGCACACACACAAACAUACAAACAGAGAAACAUGCGAGCAGCCAGGCUUACCUUUUUUUAUAUUACAUGCUAAAGGAAUUAGUUAACGAAAGUUGUUGACAAAGUUAUUUACGCUACCUGCCGCAUAUGUAAACAUAUUUGAUAAGUUCUUUGUAUGAAAUAUGCAAUGGAUUAGUCAGAUCUUUGAAUCGUUGCAAUUUUCAAAAUGAAAUGAUCUUAAAUCAUUUAGAGAAACAAAUUGUGUGCUUUAUAAACUAAAACAUGAACUAAGAAGUAUGCAACUGCUUUCAAAAUUUUGCUAAUUCGUAAUGAAGUCAAUCGAAAAUGAAUGAUUUAUUGACAUAUACACACACACAUACAGACACACACCAACACACACAUACAUAAAAUUAAGCAAAACAACAACAAACUAAAU